GUUAAAUACUCAUCCAGACCCGUUUCUGAGAUAUUUGUCAGUUUACUAUGGGGAUGAAUACGUAAUAAUGUUUAGAAAUACAGUUUUAUGUUUGACGUUACAAAUAUUGGCGUCCAUAACGGAAUCGCAGAUUCUACAAAAUCGCCAGCCUUGGAAUUAUGCAAAUUUUGAGCAAGUCCCAAGAGUAGAAUUAGCCAGACAAAAUCCUGUUGUUCCUCAAGCACCGGCUAUACUGACUCCAGUGCGAACUGACCCGCUGGGUAUAUGCACAACGAAUGAGAAUCAGCCAAUUAUUUGGGACAAACUGGUAACAAAACCUAAUACUAAUCCAAACAACUAUGAAAACAUAAUUCGCAAAUAUGACUCCAUGGUGAACCCUCCCAAUGUUGUUAAUAAUUAUCAUGUACCACAACCCGAACAAGUAAAAAGAAUCGAUAAUAAUUAUAACAAAAAUAGGCAUUAUGGGGUAAGUAAAUACAAUAAUAUUAAUAGGAGUAAGGCAGAAAAAUCAAGGCGACGGAAAGAACAUCCUGUGAGAAAUUACAACGGAAAGGGAAAGAAAAAUCGAAAAUACAGACAAAGUGAAGAACACAACAGAAAAAAGAAAGACAAUAAGCCUUUAGGAGAUUAUGCUUUUAAUGAUACUGUCAAUAACAAUGCAUCAAACGUAAAAGAAGAAUUUGAAGGAAUUGAUAAAAACCAUUUAGAUUAUAAUAAUGAAUUAAAAAAAGAAUUUACUGAUACAUCCACUCCAACCAAAAAUGAAAUUGGUCGAAAUAAAAACACCCAAGAUCUAAAUCAAAAUAAAAAACAAUUAAAUCAAACUAGUAAAGAAAAAUACAAAAAACGUAAUACUGACAACCACAGUACUAGAAAUUCAAAAAAAGCACCAGCAAUAGAAUAUCAAACUCAAUAUUUUAAUCACGAUGAAUUCAACAAAUAUUUGCAAAAUUUGAUAGCCGGGAACAUCACCAGUCCAUACUAUUUUGCAAAUGAUAUAUAUCCGUAUUUAUUUGACUCAUUUUACAAAACAUCACACGAUUCCACAAAGUCAAAAAAUAAGAACCCUAACAAACACAAGAAUGCUAAAAAAUCUAACAAAAGUACUAUGAGCCAAAAUAAAGAAGAAGAUUGUGAUACUGUUAUAGAACUAUCUCCAAAUUUUCAUGAAGCAACACCCGUGACAAUCACGACAGGUGCUGGGCCUAAAAAAGAUAUAUAUUUGAAUUUAAAAAUCAAGAAGAAAGAUUUACAACCUGAUUCUGAUAAUAUAAAUUCAGUCAUGCCUGAAAACAUCAAUGAGGACCAUUUGCAAGUUAUUAGUGACAAAGAAUUCGCUAAAAAACCUCACACAAUCAACUUGUUUAACCCAUUCGAGGAUGAUGUGGAAUAUUAUCCAGAUUUUACACUUUUCAAUCAUGCAUAUCUCACAUCUAGUGAAGAAGAAGAACUCAAUCAGAUACAAAAAAACCGCGACUAUCGUCAAAACGAUUGGGAUUAUUAUGCAGACAGAGUAAAAUCUUAUGUGGAACAAAGUAAUAAGAAAUCUCAUAUCAACCCUCACCUUGGCUUUAGAGGUGAUGUUAAUACGAACGUCGAAACGAUAUAUGCACCGUCGAGGGUGGUUAACUAUAGCCAAAUAGAUAAAGAAACACAAAAUCAUACGGAUGAAGAAAAUUUCUGGUUCAAAGAAGGAGAUACAACGGUUGUGCUGUCUCGAUCUAUGAAUAUUGAUAAGUAGAAAAAGUCUGAUUGUCUGUUAAUACUAUAGCUAAGAGCUUGUCAUAUUAUUGUUAUUGUUAUUAUUACAAUAUUUUCGUGUUUGUUAUUUAGUAUCUAUCUUCUAUACGUCAUAUUAAAAUAUAUUAAAUA